AUGCGCCAAAAAUUGAGGGCAGUCUUCUCGAUUAUCGAUAGAGAGCUCAUUAUGUCUAUAACAACGUUCGUGGACCUGCAAGGUUUUAUCGUUGGAAGAAAGUUUAUCGUUAAGGAGUUUACUGCUUUCAGAGAUGGAUUCAUUCUCUCGCAUUACAUUUUUCGAAAUCCCGUACCGUGGCAUCGACUCAAUAACGCAGACAAACGCCAAGCAUCGUGGUUGCUUACGCAUCAUCACGGAUUACGAUGGAACAGCGGAACGAUCCCAUACAGCAGAGCUAAGAAAUUGAUUACAACGACGCUGACUAGGAACGAAACACCGCCCGUCAUAUACGUCAAGGGACACGAGAAACGAGAAUGGCUGCGGAAUUUGCUUCUGGAUGACACGAAAGAAGACAUAUACGUUGAAAAUAUCGAGGCGCAUUAUGACGAUAUAAGAUCUUUAAACGAGAUGGACGUUACGCAUACUUUACGUUGUGCACAUCAUUCAACAAAUUGCGCUUUACAAAAUGUAUUUAAAAUAUUCAAUUGGUGGCAUUGUCAUCAAUAAACAUGCGUUUUUUAUAAAUAUAGUGUUUUUUUCUUAUUACUCCUGUCUCUUAUUACCCCUAUUAACCCUGUCGGAAUCUGUUUACGUUAUUUUUAACGUUCUUUUAGCGUUUUCUAAUGUUUGAGUCGGAACGUGUUACGACACGUUCGAGAUUAUUCCCUAAAGGGAAGAUAUUCAACGUUGUUUCUCCCUCUACUCGAAGAAAUUUCCCCUCUAUCGUAACUUAUAAGUCGAACUAUUUUUUCGUACGAUCAGUAUUGCGUCAGCCGCUCGAACAAAAUGUUCUCCGCCAAAGAAAGCAGCAGUGAUACGAAGCGUUGCUACGAUACUAUAUCGUGCGAGAAGAAAUGCGACGUGUAAGUUUGAUUUUUUAAAAUUCUUUUUAUUUUUCAACUUUUAUAUUAUAACAUUUAUAUUUUAUUAUUAUUAUAUUAUUUUUUAUACAGUACGUCGGAGCGUCGCGCGGU